AUGUCUAUAUGCGGAGACGAGGCUUGCGAGUACGAUUGUGACCGCCACGACGUUGCCCUGUGCGACACAUUUUCGUCUUUGGUGCCAAAGCCACAGUGUGCACGUGUGAUCCGACUUGAUAACGAGUGCGAUGCCCCCGAGUGGGAUUAUCUUCGAUGCAAAAGAGAGGACAAGUUCGACUCUAUUGAGCUCCCGUUAUGUGCUCCAGAGUUUGCCGACCUGCCACGGCAACAGCUCUUGAAGCAUAGUUGGACGCGAAUGUAUAACUGGUUCAACGUUUCCGACGGCUGCUGCUUGGAACUCUUUGCUGCAGUUCCCUUUGGUGGUAUUGAUGGAACAGCAACCGUCUACAAUGGUCUACGCGGCCGACCCAACAAACAUAUCCGAAUAUUGGAACCGACCGGCUGUGGUGGUUCAGUCUACCCGUGGUCGUCGACAGCCUACAUUGUCGCCUGGAAGCACGAGCUCCAUCCACGCACCGGGAAAAUGAGGGCUCGAUGGCAGGAUGUCACCAUGGACCAUUACAGGCUCGUAGUAGACUGGUUUUUGUCGUCUUGGCUCAAUUCAAGUGCUUGCAUGGGCACUCACUUACGCGAAGAUAACUCAACCUUCGCUCUCAAAAUCAACAGCGAUGGCGAAAAGGAUUGGACUUACAGCGACUCUGAAUUUCGACGGAUGGACGACGCGGCCACGGUCUAUCGCCAUCCUCUUUUCGUGCUAGAGGACAUACAAUGGGCCUCCCCACUGGCCUAUAUGCUUGGUCUCCCUUGGGUGUGUCGCAUAGCACCUUCGCAUCUCGAGAUUAGCAGAAUGUCAGAUAUGCUCCCAGAUGCCCUGCAGCUUCUAAAAAACGACAAGGCCAUCCUACUGAGCGCUCAGUACAUUGAUCCCGUCCCGACCCCUGGGCGUAAGCGUCGCCAUCUUCCACAAAUAUACAGUUUUCAAAACCUUCGAUUCAAUCCGUAUCCUGGCACAGUAAUGAUAAUUCACGCCAACGGAGGACUGGUUGCGCCAGAGCACGUUGAUGCCUUCAACGAGUUCGUCGGACGCCAUCUACGGGCCUCGGACAAGGAUCCGUCCAAGUACCAAAUCAAGAAUUUUCGAAGAUCAAUGUUCAUGGAGUUCUAG